AUGUCGGAGAACGUGCAAAAAGCGUGGGUUUCUCGUCCAGUUGGUGGUAUUCCAAUUUCAGACGACUUGGGCCCAUCCAUUGUAUUCGCAAUGCUCUACGCGCUCUUGCUGCCCAAUAUAAUCUACAACUUUUUCAUUCGCAAACCACGCGCAUGGAACGUCAUCCAGAUUUCAACGGUCAUUUUUGCGGUUGAACGUAUAGCAUGGUGCAUUAUACGUGCUGUUCAAGCUGCACAUCCCGAAAGACGUUCUUCCGGAGGAUUGAUGAAUUAUGUGCAAGUCACUGUUGCACUCGGGUUCGUCGGGAUAUCAAGCGAGGCCGUCAAACUCCUUCGCUGUACACUUGUGAAUACCACUCUCCCCGAAACGGUGCAUCCAAAGACCGGAGAGCUGCAAGACAGUUCUAUCGAUACUUUUGUGUCUUUUUCGAGCUUGCUUUCCUGGGAGCAACUAUUCCUGGCAUAA